CGCCGGCGCCGGGCCAUGUACUCGGGGAACCGCAGCGGCGGCCAGGGCCACUGGGAGGGCGGCGGGGCCGCGGGCGCCGAGGGACCGGGACCGGCGGGGACGCUGAGCCCCGCGCCGCUCUUCAGCCCCGGCACCUACGAGCGCCUGGCGCUGCUGCUCGGCUCCGUCGGGCUGCUGGGCGUCGGCAACAACCUGCUGGUGCUCGUCCUCUACUCUAAGUUCCAGCGGCUCCGCACCCCCACCCACCUCCUGCUGGUCAACCUCAGCCUCAGCGACCUGCUGGUGUCCCUCUUCGGGGUCACCUUUACCUUCGUGUCCUGUCUGAGGAACGGCUGGGUCUGGGACUCCGUGGGCUGCGUGUGGGACGGGUUUAGCAGCAGCCUCUUCGGGAUCGUUUCCAUUACCACCCUAACCGUGCUGGCCUAUGAACGUUAUAUUCGCGUGGUCCAUGCCAGAGUGAUCAAUUUUUCCUGGGCCUGGAGGGCCAUUACCUACAUCUGGCUGUACUCACUGGCAUGGUCAGGAGCGCCUCUGCUGGGCUGGAACAGGUACAUCCUGGAUGUACAUGGACUAGGCUGCACUGUGGACUGGAAAUCCAAGGAUGCCAACGACUCUUUCUUUGUGCUUUUCUUAUUUCUUGGCUGUCUGGUGGUGCCCAUGGGUGUCAUAGUGCAUUGCUAUGGCCAUAUUCUCUAUUCCAUUCGAAUGCUUCGUUGUGUUGAAGAUCUUCAGACAAUUCAAGUGAUUAAGAUUUUAAGAUAUGAAAAGAAGGUGGCCAAAAUGUGCUUUUUAAUGAUAUUUAUCUUCCUUAUCUUUUGGAUGCCUUAUAUUGUGAUCUGUUUCUUGGUGGUUAAUGGUUAUGGACACCUGGUCACGCCAACAGUAUCUAUUGUUUCAUAUCUUUUUGCUAAAUCAAGCACUGUAUAUAAUCCGGUUAUUUAUAUCAUCAUGAUCAGAAAGUUUCGAAGAUCUCUUUUGCAACUGCUAUGUUUCCGACCGCUGAGAUGCCAAAGGCCUGCUAAGGACCUACCAGCCAAUGGGAGUGAAAUGCAGAUCAGACCCAUUGUGAUGUCACAAAAAGAUGGGGACAGGCCAAAGAAAAAAGUGACUUUUAAUUCUUCCUCCAUUAUUUUUAUCAUCACCAGUGAUGAAUCAGUGUCAAUUGAUGACAGUGACAAAACCAGUGUGUCAAAAGUAGAUGUAAUCCAAGUUCGUCCUUUAUAAGAAGGAAUAAUGGUAACAUAAGAUGAGGCCUUAUACUGGAAAUCACUUCUAGACUUCCAUUAUAAGAACUGUUUUGGAAUCCUCAUUCUAUGUAAUAAUUGUUGGGGAGCAAAAACUUUCCUCUACCCUAAAACUUUCUUCUGCCUGGUGUGGGAAUUAAAUUGAUAUAUGAGACAGAUUAACAAGAGAAAAAAAAAGUUUAAUUCUAUGUGCAUGAGGCCCAACAAUAAAAUUGAGACCUGAAGAAAUGAGCAAGGCAUGUAGCUUUUAUACAUUUUAGACAAAGAGAUAUAAAUCUGUAAGAAUUGACGGGACAAAGAAAACUCAUGUUUAGGAACUUCAAUUAGUAAAGAAUUCUAAGUAGGAUUUGAACUGCAGUAGUAAUUUAAUAAAAGUAACAAGAUUUGUUUAUGUAGGUUUUUUUAGCCCUCAGUUCUCUGUCUCUGAUGACACAGAUGUCUCUGUACCUCAUGGUGUAGGGAGAUACCUUUCACAUAAGAGAUUUCCUGCUUUCAGGGACACAAAUGAAGGACAGACUGUCCUUUUUGCAUUUGGUAUUUCUUAAGUAAUUUUAAUUUAAAUUUGUGGCAUACUUUGAGGCAGCCUGCCCCGGGCCCCCACAAUAUUAACAGAACUUUUGUGGCCCAGCAGAAAAUCUGCAUUACCCAUAUGCUUUCUGGACUCUGGAAGUAACUGAGCAAGACAAAUUGUUUUAAUUCAAUGGGUGCUUUCCAUUAUGAAAAACCACUUAUGGCACAAGAUGGGCAUCUGAUACCAUCAACUUCUAACAUGUUGGAAAUUUUCAUCUCAAAUAUAUUUUUUUAAAUGACACUUUUUUCCAAGGCACAUAAUACAUUUUUCUCAAAAAUACUUAGGUGUAUUUAUAGCUCAAAAAUAGCUGUAAAAAUAACUUUGUGUCAUACAUGUGUGAAAUCACUAGGAAAUUUCAAAUUUUCUGUAGUGUUGGAUCCUAAUCACUGUCACAUCCUAUGUUGGACCAAUCAAAUUUAUCAAAGAGAAAAUUUCAGGGUGAAAAAGAAAAUCAGCACCCUGGCUUCCUCUGAAACAAAAGACUUGCUAUAUAUGCACUGUGAUAAAGAGGAGCUUCAAGAUGAAUGUGCUGGUGAGCAAGCUCCAGAAAGGAUAUUAUAUUAAAAGCAACCCAGCAAAGAAAAGGUGGUGAAUUUCAAAGUAAUCAUGGAGGCUAGGGAAUCAUACAUCAGCAGAGGAUGUACAUGGAAAGGAUAUGUUGAUGGCAGAUAUGUAUUUCCAUAUGUUUCAUUUCAAACAUAACUUGGUUAUGAAAAGAUUAUUCUCUUUUUGACAAUUUGCCACAAUUUUGUCAAGAGUUUUUGGUUUGGAGAAGGAAUUCCAAGCAAAAAAUGAAACAAACCUACAUUUGAAGGGAUGAAAAUAACUGUAAAACUGUACUCAUAAAAUGUAUUAUUUAUCUUUUUGCUCUUCAAUCAGUCUACUGGUUAAUCAAUGCUCAGUGUUAGUGAUGAUGCCAUUUUCCCAUGAGUCAUUGUUUAGACUAGACACAGCUUAUUAGAACUCAAAGAUUUCUUUGACAAUAUAAAAAAGAAACUAAAUCAUUUUAUUUUAUUGCCUAGUUUUUAUUUCUUAGAUGACUGUUACUGGUGUAGUAUCAUCAUAAUUAAUCAUGUUUGAAAGACUUCUGAAUGAUUCAGUUGGCCUAUUGAAGAAGGAAGAACCAAAGAAAAUGUGCUCACAAAAAGAACUUUUCAAAAUCAAGUUUAUUGCUGGUUAGUAAACUGCUUUGAGAGUCUCAAAUGAAAUAAUUUCUAUGAAAACAGUCUUCCCUUAUUUCCUUUCCACUCUGUUGUAUAUAUCAAUGUUUAAUUUGUAAAUAAAACUCUUCUUAUUCUUCACUUAGUUUGGCAUUAAUAGCCCCCCCCCCCUAUUUUUUUAAUCUUCAAAAGUUAAUACUGGACUUUGAGGACUGUGAAGUAAAAUUAGUUCAUUUUGUAACUCUCCAGAGUGCCCUAAAUGCCUCAUUUAUACUUCCAGUUUUGGUAAAUGAAGCCGAGUUCUAUAUUGGGUAAGUUCCAUCCAGGUGAUCAAAAGUGUACUUAACAUGUUAGGGAAAUCAUAGUUUUUAGUUUUUAGUCCUAUCAAUACUUAUUGAUUCAGUCCUAUCAUGACCUUAAUUAUGUCCUUUAAAGAGAAGAUGUGAUCAGUGUCUUCCUUGAGGCCUCUGGCACUUUAUUUUUUGAGAAGUGAAAGUGUUCUUAGUCAUUGCACUUUUAUAUUUAGAAUGACCACACCGAUGUGUAGGUUGUGGGAAACCUGUGCUUUCCAACUUAAAAUGGUAGUUUGGGGUUGUUGUGUCCCCCCGCCCCCCCUCCCCCAAUAAUCACAAUAAACACACAGAGAAAUUCUAUACUGAAUUUAAUUAUAAGCUGACAUACUUUUUACUAGUGAAUUAAAUAUGAUGACGGAAACAUGGUUUUGACCCUUAGUUUUAGUUACAAGAAAUCCAACUAUUUGCCACUUCAGAAUCUUUAUAUUAACUGCUAAUGACAUUGGGAAUUUUCUCUAGUGACCCCAUGGAGUUUGCAGGGAAACACGUCCUGUUUUCUGGAAGUGAGCAAGCCAGUCCCAUGGUCUUCUGAAGUAGUGUAGGGGUCUCAGUGACAUGGCGCACAUAAGUAGGUAUGUACUACCAAUGGCUAUAAGUGUUCCAAAGAAAAAGAGUCCUUUGUUUAUCACCUGUAAAAACAGCAAGAAAUCUCAUUUUAUUUUUCAGAGACAAAAAUCUUAAAAGACUUCAUUCUUGAACAACCAAGGGGUUUACAAUGUCUUCUUUGUUCUUUAACCUAAAACAGCAAUUUAAUUGCAUGACCACUACAAUGGUUGGUAAGGCCAGGAAUUUGGAGAUUCACUCCACUGUCUUUAUCCUCUCUUACCCUUCCCAGAAAUAACUGAAUCCAUGGGUUCUGUAUAAUGAAUUCUUAGCAAUCCACCUUUGUAUAACCAUAAACACACACACACACACAGAGUUUAGAAAAAAAAGAAUUCUGAAUGCUAUCUUAGAAGAGUACUGUGCUGAAGCCACAAGUGAUUCAGUCACUGCUCAGACCCUGCACAAAGUCUCCAUGAGAAGAGUGAUUGGCUCGGUGAUACUAAAUGUCCUGCACUUUCACUGCCUGUCACUGUCGUUACCCUAGCAGACUUUUAACUCCUUGAGGGCAGAGUUUGUAUUUUAUUCAUUUUUAUAGGAAUAAAUCUAGAUUCCUUCUAAUCUAGUCUCCACACAGCAAAGCAUUCUUUCUAAAAUCCACACCUGAGUCUAUUAGCCUCAGUUAGUCUCUCUCCUUCUCUAGACAUAAUAAUCAAAAUGCCUGAGGUCCUUCUUACCCUUCCAGCUGCAUCACCAGCCAUUGUCACACACCUGCGCUGCCUUCCAGCCCCACGAGCCCCACCCAUCCUGUCCAUUGCCAUUCUCCUCCAAGGCAGUUGUGCCUCUUCACCUUAGCUGUCUCUGCUCCACCAACUUCUGAACUACAUGAGGAAAGGGGUUGCUGCUGAUUCAUCACCAUGCACAGCUCAGUCUCCAGAUAUUAAAUAAAAUGACUUGCUGAAUGAAUAAAGUUGUUGGAUUUCCAAAGUCAAAGGUUAGGAAUCUGAGUGUCUAUUUACUGGCAUCUCUGGGUCAAUUGCCCAAAAUGAACAUGUUAUGGCAGUAAAUUGGAAUUAGAUUAUAUGUUUUAUAAGUGAUUCAAUUCUGUCCAAUUUUACAAAUUAAACCCAUAAGAAUAUUGCAUGAAGCAAAGGUCAAUUACUAAAUAAAAGUAAAAAAUCGCAUUGCUAAAAUAAAGUAAAAUGUUUAGAAAUAUUAGCAUCAGGGGCACCUGAGUGGUUCAAUUAGUUAAGCAUCUGACUCUUGACUUUGGCUCAGGUCAUGAUCUCAGGGUCUUUGGAUCAAGCCCUGAAUCAGGCUAUGAGCUCAGUGUGGAGUCACCUCUACCUCUUCCUCUACUCCUUCCCCCAUUUGCAUUCACAUUCUCUCUCUCUUAAAUAAAAUCUUUUAAAAAAGAGAAAGAAAAUCACUAACAUCAGUUUCUUUUUUGAAUUUCUUCACUUCAGAAGCACUCACUUUCUCCCUUUCCCUCUUUCUCUCUUUCUUUCUUCCUUUUUGUAAUUUUGUUCUUAGACAUUUUUCCCUCUGUGUACCAAGGACAGUUUUUACUUGCAAGCAAACAUUUGAUGUCUGUCACAUCAUUUCAGAAUCCACCUGAAGAAUCAUAACCAUAACACAAUGAACUUCAAUUUGUUCUGACCUUUUUCUGCCAAUGCCAGUGCAGCAGUGCCUCAUGGUAUCUUAUUCUGGAAAAGGUGAUCUGUAAAGAAGUUUAAAAAAGUAUUAUUGGGAUUCUUUGAUGACUAAACAGAAGAAUAAAAUGAAAAGUUGUCUUAAAUUCAGACCUUACCAUGGUAUAUAGAGGGAUAAAGGUAGAUGGCAUAAUAGCAUGAAGAAAUUGCUCCAUGUUCUUUUGGAAGAUGAACCACCUCGAGUUGACAUGUGCUCGCAUCUGUAAUAAUGUAACAGUCUUAAAGAACACCUCAAAUGAAUGACCUUUAUUUCUUUGCUACAACGUUAUACUUCAUUCUUAUUCACUGGAAAACUGAUCACAAAGUAGUCAAAUUCUUAUUUCUUUAAUAGUCAUUUCUGAUCCUUUUUAGUAAAAGUAUAGGAGAUUACCUUGAAAAGGUUGAGCAAUUGCACAAAACCUCUUAGAGAACUCUAUUUUCCUCAAGAGGCAAUACAGGAACCUAAUUUCAGUGAAAAAUUUGUACAACCAAAUCUGAGGAUAGUCUGUGGUUCCACAGAUUUGACUAACUGCCAUUGUUUCCUAGCUGGUUUGGAAUCUUCUUCAUGCCAAGAAGGGAUCUUUCAGGAGACAUCUGUCUUGACUUACUUCAUAUUGAGAACUAAUACUGUGUUAUAGCUGUCACAAAAACACAAAGCAGGUUACAUCAGUGGAGCUUUUCAGUAUCUUAUAGAACUUCCUUCACCACAUAUGAAACAAUUCUGCUCAAACUGAAAUCCACUUUAUUUUUUUCUGUCUUCAGGAGAGAUGGAAAAUAGCUAGACUCUUUUCUUUAAAUUUAUCUUGUAAAUUUUUUCAUUUGAUCAUUUAAAAACUGUAACCAUAGUUAUUUACUGUGAACUUUUCAUGUAACUGACUCAAAAUGUAAUUGUGUUUUUCUUCUGAGUAUUAAUCUUCGAACUAUGUAUUUCUUUGGUAUAUACAUAUUUUUUUUAGUGCAUAAGGCCCCAAAGGAUAUCUAAAGCUACUCCAAAUUUGUAGCUUAUAAUGUUAAGAGUGUUAAGGUCAUUUAAGGUUUCUUAAAUCUUCCAAAUAUGUUAAUACAUAUCAAAAUUAUAGUUUCCUUAAAAUAAAAUAUGAUUAGCUCUA